AUGGAAGAUUAUUGCGAGCAUGUCAUCUAUGAGAAGAACCCAGAGGUUGGAGGGACCUGGUAUGAGAACCAGUACCCCGGUGUAGCAUGCGAUGUCCCGGCACAUAUCUACACAUUCACCUGGGGACCCAAUCCAAACUGGUCGCAUUUCUACGCGGAGGGGCCGGAGAUUCGACAACACAUCCAAAACGUGGCCAAGGAAUACGAUCUUACCAAAAACAUUGUUUUCAAUGCCCAAGUUCUGGACGCAACCUGGCUUGAAGAGGAAGGGAAAUGGCAUGUCAAGGUGGAUGUCAAUGGGCACGUCAAGGAGGAUAAGGCUGACGUCGUCAUCAACGCCAGCGGUGUGCUCAACAACUGGCGGUGGCCCAGUAUUCCGGGCCUGAAGGAUUUCAAGGGUCAUCUCUGCCACUCGGCAGUGUGGGACCACAGCUACGACUAUGAAGACAAAAAAGUCGCCGUGAUUGGGAACGGAUCAUCUGCGAUCCAGAUCGUGCCAAAACUUCAACCAGUGGUCAAGCACAUGACCACCUUUAUCCGGUCACCGACGUGGAUCAGCUCGAAUUUUGCCGCCCAGCAUGCCAGUGCGGAAGGGGGCAACUUCGAGUAUUCAACCGAACAGAAAAAAGAGUUUGAAGAUGCGGAGAAGUUGCUGGCAUAUCGCAAGAAGAUCGAACACGACUUCAACCAGCUCUAUCGCGGACUCGAGUACGGCACGCCCGAACACGAGUUCUUCCAAGAGGAGUCUCGACGGAUCAUGACCACCAGACUGAACGGAAGCAAGGAGCUGGCCGAGAAGCUCAUCCCCACCUGGUCCUUUGGAUGCCGGCGUCUGAGUCCCGGCGAUGGCUAUCUGGAGGCCCUGCAAGCACCCAACGUCACGCCGAUUUUCAAUGCCGCCGCGCGCAUCACCGAAGACGGCAUCGUCGACUCGGACGGGACCGAGCACAAAGUCGACGCGAUCAUCUGCGCGACCGGAUUCGACGUCUCUUUCGCCAAACAGUGGACAGUGACGGGCCGCCACGGCAAGACACUGCAAGAACAGUGGAAGGACAAUCCACAAUCAUACUUCAGUGUCUGUGCCAAAGAUUUCCCCAAUCUCUUCUUCGUUUUGGGACCGAAUUCGCCCGUCGGCAAUGGAAGUUUGAUUCCACAGAUGGAAUGGGCCGGCGCGUACGCAGUCAAGUGGGUGGAAAAGAUGGCCCAGGAGCAGAUCCACUCGAUCGACCCCAAGCAGGAAGCGGUGGACGAUUUCAACGUCUACACCCAGGAGUAUCUGAAACGCACCGUCUACACGUCCCACUGCCGGUCGUGGUACAAGAACAACAAGAUCGACGGCCCCGUCACCGCCAUGUGGGCCGGCAGCCCCAUGCACUUCAAGGACUUGAUGAGCACUCAACGCGGCGAAGACUUCGACAUCAAGUACUGCAGUCCCAACCGCUUCCGGUUCUUCGGCAACGGCACCACCUGGAGAGACGCGACCAAUGCCGACUUGUCGUACUAUUUGCGAAAGGAUGGCUUUAGUACUUGA